AUAGAUAAGAAAAAGAAGAAAGAGGAGACUAAGGUGCCUGUGCGUGACAUGAAGGAAAAAGGUGGAGAGGAGGAGAAGAAGGACAAACCCAAAGCUCAUGCACCCAGCCACGCUAAGAUUCGCUCCAUAGGCGAGAAACCAAAUGCUCUGGCAGAGCCACGUGGAGAAGAAGAAAGCUUGACCAAGAAAGGCAAGAAGAAGAAGACGGUUCACUGGGCUGAAGAGGAGCAGCUCAAACACUAUUUUUACUUUGAUCUGGAUGAGACAGAAAGAGUCAAUGUCAACAAAAUUAAGGACUUCGGUGAGGCAGCAAAACGAGAGCUAAUGAUGGACCGGCAGACAUUUGAAAUGGCUCGUCGGCUUUCCCACGAUACCAUGGAAGAAAGAGUCCCCUGGACACCCCCAAGACCCCUGACGCUGGCUGGCUGUCUUGUUACUUCAGGUGCAAACAGCACAGAGAAACUCACCCAAAGAGACCGUGAAAUGGGCAUUCUGCAAGAGAUCUUCCUCAGCAAAGAGAGUGUGCCCGACAGUCCACACGAACCAGAUCCAGAGCCGUAUGAACCCAUGCCCCCCCGUCUCAUCCCACUCGAUGAGGACUCGUCGAUGCAGGAUGAUGGCUACGUAGAACCCAUGGACACGACGUCACAACCGGGCUCUGGCGAGAGCGCCAAACUGCCGCCUGUCUUGGCCAAUCUCAUUGGUAACCUGAACAACAGUUCCCGCAGCCCACAGGCCUCCAACAUCGUCAGCAACACUGUGCCUCCCUCUGUCAAUAUACAGGAGCUGCUGUCGUCCAUAAUGGGGCCCUCUGGUAACCAGUCUACUGAAGAAUUGAUAAAGCAACCAGACUUCUCAGAUAAAAUCAAACAGCUCCUGGGCUCCCUCCAGCAGACUCAGAAUCAGAACCAGAACCAGACCAUUUCCUCUACCUUUGCUGCAAAAUAUAUCCCCAAGAGUGGGAAGAGGGUCCCACAGACUCUGUCCAGAGGAUGGGGCGAUCAGCUGAUCUGGGCUCAGACUUAUGAGGAGGGUCUUUACUGGUCCAGAUCAAAGAACAAGCCCCUGUUGGUCAUCUUUCACCUUGAAGACUGCCCACACAGCCAGG